AUGACCAUCCAAUGUGGUGAUGCUCAGAUGGCUUCGAAGCUCUCCUCUCCUUCUUCUUCAAAACCCUUCUAUCUCUACGCCUUCAUCUUCUCUCUAUUCCUUGUACUCCUCGUUUCAUCUUUCAGACUCAACGUUAUCAACUCCGUCGUCGUUCAACACCAACAGCAGCAAGAACAACAAUUCAAGAACCAAACCGAUAACGCCGUCAACGUCCUCAAGGCCGUCGCCAAGAAAUUGGGUAGGAAAAAGAUGAGGGUCGGUUUGGUGAACGUAGACCACGACCGUAUUCGACUAAUGCAAGGAUCAGAAGAUAUAGACCCGAUUCCGGUGAGUUUCGAUAGAGUUGGAGGUGAUCGGAAGUGGGAGGAUUUUUUCCCAGAAUGGAUAGACGAAGACGAGAGAUGGGAACAUCCAAAGUGCCCGGAAAUCCCCAUGCCUAGGUUUGAGGAUUAUAAUGGCAUCGAUGUUAUACUUGCAAAGGUUCCAUGUGGGACUAGUGGUGAUGAAAAGCAAGGGAUUAGGGAUGUGUUUAGGUUACAAGUGAAUUUGGUGUUGGCGAAUAUGGCGGCGAGGCUAGGGUGGAGGGACCCUGAUUUCGGUGCUCCUCACCGGACGGUGUACGUUGUGUUCAUCGGAUCGUGUGAUCCCAUGGUGGAGAUUUUCAGAUGUGAUGACCUAGUGAUGCGUCAAGGGGAUUCUAGGGUUUAUAAGCCUGAGCUUGGGAGGCUGAAGCAGAAGGUGCUUAUGCCUUUUGGGACAUGCCAACUUGCCUCUGGUUAUGCACGAGCAGGUAAAGAAGCUUGGAGACCAGAGAAUUUCGAAUACCGGAGAUACGCCUAUGUAACAAUCUUACACUCCUCAGAAGCCUACGUUUGUGGUGCAAUAGCUUUGGCUCAAAGCAUCAGAAGAACCAACUCCACCAAAGACCUAAUCCUCCUCGCAGACAAUUCCAUCACUCCCACAUCCAUCGCCGGCCUACAAGCCGCCGGAUGGGAUGUCAGGCAAAUCCAACGAAUCCGAAGCGUAUUUUCCCUAAAGGGUUCAUACAAUGAGUGGAACUACAGCAAACUACGUGUAUGGCAACUAACUGAGUACUCCAAAGUCAUUUUCAUCGAUGCAGAUCUUCUAGUCCUAGAGAACAUAGACAUUUUCUUCACAUACCCACAAUUAUCUGCUGGGUUGAACCACCAGCACUUCUUCAACUCCGGCUUGAUGAUUGUAGAGCCAUCUCAAUGCAUGUUCGAAUACCUAAUGCGAAAAAGCUUCAAAAUCAAGCCUUACAAUGGUGGUGAUCAGGGUUUCCUAAAUGAAAUCUUUACCUGGUGGCAUAGGCUCCCUUGGUGGCUAAAUGCACUGAAAACUUUCGAGGGAAAGAGUAUCGAAAAACAUGUGAUGGCUCAGGAUCUUUACGCAGUGCAUUAUUUAGGGUUGAAGCCAUGGAUGUGUUACAGGGAUUAUGACUGUAAUUGGGAUGUAGAGAGUCGUCGAGUGUUCGCGUGUGACUCAGCUCACCGGAGAUGGUGGCAAGUCUAUGAUGCCAUGCCGCAGGAGCUGCAACCUUUUUGUGGUUUGACAGAAAAGAUGGAUAAGAGUUUGAAGACAUGGAGAGCUAGAGCAGCUAAUGCUAGUUAUGUUGAUGGUCAUUGGAAAAUUGAGAUUAAAGACCCUCGACAGCACCAUUAG